AACUCACCCUGAACUCCCGGACACCGCCACCGGGGGGCAGCAAACUCACCCUGAACUACCGGACACCACCACCGGAGGCAGCAAACUCACCCUGAACUCCCGGACACCACCACCGGGGGGCAGCAAACUCACCCUGAAUUACCGGACACCGCCACCGUGGGCAGCAAACUCACCCUGAACUACCGGACACCACCACCGGAGGCAGCAAACUCACCUUGAACUCCCGGACACCACCACCGGGGGGCAGCAAACUCACCCUGAACUCCCGGACACCGGCACCGGGGGGCAACAAACUCACCCUGAACUCCUGGACACCGCCACCGGGGGGCAGCAAACUCACCCUGAACUACCGGGCACCGCCACCGAGGGGAGUAAACUCACUCUGAACUCCCGGACACCGCCACUGGGGGCAGGAAACUCAGCCUGAAUUCCCAAAGACCGCCCGGAGGUGCCGAACUCCAAUGAAGCGCCUGUAAUUCCGAUUUUCGGCACCAGGCGGUGACAAUGAGAAGUGAGAGUCUGUGGUCUUUGCAAGGUGCUCACCGACCGGAAUUGUUGCAGUUUUGUUUUCAGAAGCGCUCGUUAAUUUUGCACGUCUUGGAUUGAUUUCGAUGAAUGAAUAGAUGACUAAUGAAGCAGAUAAUGUUCCCGAACAAGGCUGGAAAACAGUGAGGAAGGAGAAGUGUGAUGUUUAAGGAGUGAGAUAAAGCUCCUGGAUGUGCUUGAGCCUUUUCCGCUGGAGAAGUUGGAGGAGACUGGUUCCGGAAUCUGCGAAUCGAGGAGCAGGGAAUGCCGCUGCUGAGUCCGGCAGCGCUGUCCUCGCUACUGCUCUGCACCGCUCAGGUGCCACUGGCUUGGGCACUGGCGUUGAGCUUUGGGCGAUAUUGCCUGUCGCUGGACCGGGCACUCCUGGGUUGGCUCUUCUAUGAUGCCAUCGUGCACUUCACCCUGAAAGGUCCAUUUGUUUACAUGUCUUUGGUGGGGACCGUGGCACAAUCUGAUAAUAUCGUUUCUUUCCUAUGGCAAGAGUAUGGGAAAGCAGAUGCAAGAUGGCUUCAUUCAGAUCCGACAAUUGUAUCAUUAGAAAUCCUGACUGUGACACUGGAUGGGAUUUUAAUUCUGCUUCUCAUUCAUGCCAUUGUGAAAGAUAAAUACUACAGGCACUUCGUACAAAUCGCACUCUGCGUUUGUGAACUCUUUGGUGGCUGCAUGACCUUCUGCCCCGAGUGGCUCAUUGGGAGCCCCAACUUAAAUACCAGCAACUGGCUUUAUCUCUGGGUCUAUCUAGUUUUCUUUAAUAUGAUCUGGGUGAUUGUACCAGGGCUACUCCUAUUGCAGUCUUGGCGAGGCCUCCAGGAAAUGCACCAAAACAGAUAUGUGAAAAAGUCAACAUAAACAGUUUUGUUGCUACUUCAUCUAACAAGCAAGUAGAUCCAAGCUUUGUGGGUUUUUUUUUAAAAGGUGAGCAGAAUUCCAUGUUUGAUUAUUUUGUGUGACAUCGAGUUUGGUUUCAGUAAAGGCUAAAUUCAUUUUGCGGCAUAAACAAUAUUUUCUCUCAAAAAUCACAAAAUACUAAAUGUAUACGGGAAAAUUGUAAGAUUUAUUUUCAAUUGUUGAGAAAGAAUCUACAUUUAUACGGCACUUGUUGUUAUCUAGUAUUGUCUAGCCCACAGCCAAGUGCAAAUGAGGAAUGUGUUAUGGUUAUAUAAUUGAGUAUAAUUAGUUGGGAAUAUGAUUGACUGUGUGUGUAUCAGAUAUGUAUCUAUGAGUUUUUGGAACAAGUAAUAAAUUUGGGCGGCACGGUGGCACAGUGGUUAGCACUGCUGCCUCACAGCGCCAGAUACCUGGGUUCAGUUCCCGCC